UGCAGACUUCCGAAGAGCCACCAGGGGCAAGAGGAUGUGUGAAGAGAACAAAGCUCUGAUGCUGGGAGUGUCCCUUGCAGAGGGCUCUGAUGGACAGUCAGGGACGAGCACCACCCUCAAGGACUCUAAGGAGAAGGAAGGAUGCCCGGGAAGCUCGGUCUUGAAGGAUCUCAUCCCCCUGGGGCCUGAGGAAUCUGCCAUGAAGGUGGUCUUGAAGAAGAUCCGGGAGCUCUCUGAUUCGGACCAACGGGACCCCUUCAUGGUGGCCGACCUGGGUGUGUUGGCCAGCCGCCAUCAGGCCUUCUGCCAGGCCCUGCCAAGGGUCUCGCCCUUCUAUGCGGUGAAGUGUAACAGCAGCCCCUGGGUGCUGCGUGUCCUGGCCGCCCUGGGCACCGGCUUCGACUGUGCCAGCCAGGUGGAGCUGGAGCAGGUGCUGGGCCUGGGCGUGGCCCCCUCACGCAUCAUCUAUGCCCACCCCUGCAAGCCCAUCUCCCACCUGCAGUAUGCUGCCCGCCAAGGGGUGCAGCUCCUGACCUUCGACAGUGAGGAGGAGCUGACCAAGGUGGCCCAGCACCACCCUGGGGCCAGGCUGGUCCUCCGACUGUGGACUGAGGACAGCAAGAGCACAUUCCCUCUGAGCGCCAAGUUUGGGGCCAGCCUGGAGCUGUGUGGACACUUGCUCAAGUCCGCCCGAGACCUAGGCCUGGCUGUGGUGGGAGCCAGCUUCCACGUGGGCUCGGGCUGCCAGGACCCCCACAGCUUCGCACAGGCCAUCGCCGACUGCCGGCGCGUGUUCGAGAUGGGCCGUGGGGUCGGGCAUGACAUGAGCCUCCUGGACAUUGGAGGGGGCUUCCCCGGAGUGGAGGGCUCUGAGCCAGAGUUUGAGGAGAUGGCGAGAGUGAUCAAUGCUGCCCUGGCCCAGGACUUCCCCGAGGGAGCCGGCAUUGAAGUCAUUGCGGAGCCCGGCCGCUUCUACGCGGCAUCUGUCUGUGUGGCCGCUGUCAACAUCAUCGCCAAGAAGGCUGUGCUGCAGCCUGGAGGCCACCGGAAACUGCUGUACUAUCUCAAUGACGGCCACUAUGGCAGCUUUCGCGUCUUCCACAGGGAGCGUUUCCCCAGGAUGCCAAUUGUGGUGAAGGAGCUCUGCUCGAAGCCGCCCCUCUUCCCCUGCAUCCUUUAUGGUCCCACGUGCGAUGCCUUUGACACGUUCUUCAACGAGGAGGUGCAGCUGCCCGAGCUGGACGUGGGUGACUGGCUCAUCUUCCCCUCCAUGGGCGCCUAUAGUUCAGUCAUGAGCUCCACCUUCAAUGGCUUCCUGCCUGCCUCCAUCUGCUACAUCAUGGGACCUGAGCUCAGCUCCUGCAAAUGGUCCUCGUCAUCCACUAUAGUCAGCCCCACCAAUCUCACUGCCGCCUCCACACUCAGCUAAGACCAGGAGUAUUCUCCAGCAUCCUUGUGCUAAAGACAUCUCAGGCCCAGACAUCUGAGGAGAAAGGAUGGGCUGCAGAUGCCGCCCAAGGAAGCCAGAGGGCUCCAGCAGCCUUCAGAUCCUGUGUUACUCAUUCCUCUACUCCAAGAUUCUGAAAUUGGGGCUAGAAACAACCACACUUAUCCCCUCAGAGGUGUCUGGAAGAGCAAAUAUGAGUCGGUUUUAGGUAAAAAUAAAGUUACAUUCAUAUG